AUGGAUCCCUUCAGCAUCACCGUCGGUGUUCUUGGCAUCACAGAGUUCGCUACAACCAGCAUCAGCAGCCUUUGUGGUUUUAUAAGAGACCUUGAUGAAGCGAAAGAUGUGCUACAAGAUGUGACUUCUGACUUAGAGGCCAUACAGCAUCCGCUUUCUGCUCUAAAAGAUCUCCGAAUCUCCGAUACCACGACAUAUGUCGAAGCGAAAGAGGAUCUGGAAAGGACUGGUGUCGCUGAAGCCGUGAACAAAUGUGGGCAGGCAUGCGCAGACUUUUUGACUAAGCUUGAACGAUGGACGAAGCAUUCCAGCGCGACAAAAAUUUCCCUCAGGGAUCGCCUGUCGGUCGGCAUAUGGAACAAAGAAAAGAUCCGCACGUUCAGGACGCAGGUCCAUUCCUGUCAGGCUAUUGUCCAGUUCGCCAUCAAUAGCGCCCAGUUGACCAUCCAGGUCCGGUCGGAAACCGCAUCUAAAAUUGCACGGCAAGAAAUAGAGAAGCAACUGCAAAUUCUUGAAUCUGCUAUCUGGGAGCAUAUCGAUCUCACAAAGAGAAACCAAGACGAAGCUCUGCGACGUAAGAAGGAACUUGAAAGCCUAGAGGACGAAUAUGAGGACGAAGACGGCGGUGCUCAGCGAACUCUAGCAAUUCAAGAGACCGAAAUGCAGUCACGCCUACUGGAAGCUGACCAAACCGCCUCUGGGGUUGUUUCCCAAAUACUCUCGAAACUGUCCAUCCCGGAGGUCAGCAACACAUAUAACACUACUUUUUCAGGCAGCAACAACAGGGGCAUACAGAUCGGUCAUAGCACGGGUACUAUCAAUUGGAAUGGUAGUCGCACCUAG